AUUUGUUCAUACAUGCGCAGUUCUAGUAAAAAUGGCCUCCCGCAACUCGCAUGCGUGUUUUACUGUGCAUUCGUUCGACUAUUCAAUUGGAGCUGGCCAUUUUCUUUGAGAACAUAUAUCAAAUGAAACAAAACAUGGAUACCAACAAUGACAGAAUCAUACUUAAUAUUAUAAUGAUCUACAUGUAUUGUUUAGCCGAGGUAUGUGUUCUGGAGCUACUCAAUUAUGCAGAAGACCAAAAUCAAUGUGCACUAGAGUUGGACCUUGUCGCCAUGAACACAGUUCUUAUGAACACGAUAGGGAUCCAUCAAAUAGGAAACCCAAUGACCAUGUAUCACAACCACUGGACCCGGGAUGCUUCCUACGACCAGGACGACAUUGUUCACAGAGCUGCGAGAACCCGGCUCUACAUCGCCCAGGAAUAUAUCCGACAGCUGGUAUCCAACGGAGAGCCGAUUAGUACCAUACCUGAGAGAAUACGCGCUUUAUUUAAAGGAAGCAAGCCAUGUGUGAUGCCAGGGACCCGACAUAUUUACAUGAGAAGAUUCGGUUCAACCUUAAAAUGGUAGAAGUUAUAUAUCGGAGUGGAUUGUCUUUAUAGAGCUUUAUAUGUCACUUUAAGAAGUAGAAUUGAUUUAUAUUGUUGUGCAUAAUCAAGAAAGGAAUUUUUUGACUUAGAUAGUUUUUAAAAGGAAAAGAACUCAAAAUGUGAAAGUAUAUGUGUGUUUCUAUUUAUGGUAUACGUGUACGUUAAAGGCAAGCCAGCUGACUAUACACUUCUUUACUUAAAUAUAAAUCUUACAUGUACAGCAUCAUCUUUAUACCAGGUACUGAUAAUUGUGAGAGAUUAGAGUAUCUUGUAUACUGAAGCUGCCUAAAAACAAAGAACUGAACAUGAUACAGAAGCAUGCAUCUCCGAGGGGAUGGAGCUAUAAUUAUUUGUGUAUAUUUUUAUUUUUUUUAAAUAUAUGUCUACCAUAUUUAUUUCAUAGUAUGCUUGGAGUAAUAUUGAGAUGUAGCUGAUAUAUGGAGAUAAAGAACGGUUGUAGAUCAUUCUGCGUUUGCGUUUCCGUGUAAUUGCAUUGAUAUAUAAUUGAUGUGUUCUGAUAGAAAAGAUCUUUUCGGUAAACAUCUAGAAUAAUCAGGAGUUGGAUUGUAUGUAGAGUGAGUGAGAAUUUUGAAAAUGAUCGUUAACUAAAUGAAGGUACUGAAAUCUAGUCGUUGUGUUGACAGAGAAGAUGCUUUACUCCCAUCUAAGACUGUCCUUUUGGAGUAGAAAUCUAGAGAAAUUGUUUUUGUGUUACAUGUAACAUAACAUAAGAAAAUACCUAGAUCCACUUGUGUUCAACUUAGAGUGUACUAUUCAUUAUCAUUUUGGCUAUUUGAUGUAUUUAAGGACAUAAACGAGG